CAGAGCUUUGACCACCAUGGCUGAAUCUAACGAGAUCGUACAGGCAACUUCGUCCUGGCCAGGACUCGAUAACAUCAAGCGUCUGGUCGUCUUCGGCGCCUCCUACUGCGCCAUAGGCAACCCUCCCUCUGGCUCUCCUCGCUCCGCAAUUCUCCCUCUCGGCGUCCCCUUUCCCGGCUGGGGCUGCUACACCGACCGUGAUACCGACACUUCCAACCCUCGCCCCAACUGGGUCGGCCAUCUCAUCUCGCGGUACUGGCCUGAGCCACGGUAUAGGCCUCCUCUGGGCGCGGCGUCCGACGGUGCUGGAGAUGACGGAGUGGUGGGGGGCAGUCCUAGUGCGGGCGAAGCCAGCAUCAGACAGCCCGCGCCUCCACCACACAGCCUCAGAUCCUUCGUUCGCGGGCUCCGGCCGGUCCAAAUUAUCCAAUCCGCGGAUCCGGCGCAUCCUCCUCCUCCUGAACCACCGAUGCAAGAUCACGCAUACGCCCGCGACCCUCUCCUCGUUUUCGACUACGCAGUGGGCGGGCACAGAGUGCCCGACGCACUGCAUCAGAUCCGCCAAGCAUUCCUCCCGGAGCUGGCUGAGUGGCACCGCGACGCAGCCCCGGCCUCCAUUGACGAUGACCCGGACGCCUGGCGAAUGUGGACGUCCAGGAAUUCAUUGUUUAUAACCUGGAUCGGCAUCAACGACUCCGCCUUCAUACACGAGCCCAAGCUGUGCAAGGAGCCCGUCGAUAAGCUCUUCGCAGGCCAACACGACCUCUACGCUGCCGGCGCGCGCAACUUCAUGCUCGUCGACGUGCCACAUAUCGACCGGACCCCCGGUGCAAAGAACCGGCCCACGCCGUCCCCCAUCUUCCCCGCCUGGAACCGCGCCCUCCUCGCGCGCGCGAAGACCUUCGCGCAGGAACAUCCCGGCGCGACCGUCCUCGUCUUCUCCAGCGCGCGGGCCAUUGACAACAUCCUGGACGACCCGGAUAUCUACGGUUUCCCCGCCUCGGACGUGCGCAAGGCCAACGGCGCGAUAUGGAUGGACAGGCUCCACCCGACGAGCGCGGUGCAUGAUGUGCUCGCAAGGGAGAUGGCGGAAUUUUUGGGUGGGGUGCCGAGCGUAUAGUAUAGUAAAAAACCGUAUAGGGCCUGACGCGCACGUACCAUGCCGUGGGCUAUCGCACUCCUUAUUACGAUGCCUUCAGGAUUCAGUAGGGCAGGUCUGGCCAAUUCUGCGCUGUCGAGUCAGAUCUGGAUGUCUACUCGAGCACAAGCGUCUUGUCUUCGCUACCCCCUCGCAAGCGCACUGUCUCCUAUGCAAAUGCCCAGUCUCCCUUGCAAACGCCCAUCAUAUUCCCAU